AUGGCGAUAAGGUCUGUAAAAGUUGGCAAUCUCUCCGCAAGAGCAACAGAGCAUGAUAUAAAAGAGUUCUUCUCUUUUUCUGGUGAAGUUGAAAGCAUCGACAUCCAAGGUAACGAGCAUAAUGCUUAUGUCACAUUCAAAGAUCCUCAAGGAGCAGAGACCGCUGUGCUCUUAUCAGGAGCGAGUAUUGCCGAUCAAUCAGUCGUCAUUGAGAUGGCUCCUGACUACAAUCCACCUGCUGCCCCUCAUGCUGAAACACAGAGCGGUGGCACCGGAGGCGGCACAGGUGCAGAAUCUGUUGUCCACAAGGCAGAAGAUGUGGUGAGCAGCAUGUUAGCAAAGGGUUUCAUCCUCGGGAAAGAUGCAGUCGGCAAAGCAAAAGCUUUUGAUGAGAAACUCGGUUUCACUUCAACCGCGACCGCAGGAGUUGCCACCCUCGACCAGAAAAUCGGCCUAAGCCAAAAAUUCACAGCUGGUACAAGCUUGGUGAACGAGAAGAUCAAAGAUGUGGACCAAAGCUUCCAGGUUUCAGAGAGGACCAAGUCUGCGUUUGCAGCUGCGGAACAGACGGUGAGCAGCGCGGGAACCGCUGUGAUGAAAAACCGUUAUGUGUUGACCGGUGUGAGCUGGGCCGCAGGAGCGUUCAACAGAGUGGCUAAAGCAGCUGGAGAGGUUGGACAGAUGACAAAAGAAAAGGUUGAAGCUGAGCAACCGCCGCCACAACCAGAGUCGCAGCAGCAACCACCGCCACCUGAAGGGUAUUCUCCGAUUCAUGCGUCUGAAUACUCGAAGAAGUAA